AUAAUACCAACGACAUUCAAUUCAAUUCAACCAGUCUUCUUCUAUUCUACCAUUGAUACUUCCACUCAAAAUACUUACUACUAAUAAUUAUAAUAUGGGAUUGUCGAAUUUUCCUAGCCCGGCUGAAGGGGUGCUGCCGCUGCUACUGAUGAACAUGGCCAUGUCGGUGGCUCUGGUGAAGAACAAGCUCAGAUCAUUGCUCCAAGUGGUGGCUGAUGUCGAGGACGACGGAUCCAGGGCGGCGAGGACGGUGUCGAUAACGCGCUAUGGUGGCGGUCCGGCGGCCGAGUGCUGUGUCUGUUUGUGUAGGUUUGAGGCGGAUGAGGAAGUGAGUGAGCUUUCUUGCAAGCAUUUCUUCCACAAAGCUUGUCUCGACAAGUGGUUCCACAACCGCCAUAUUACUUGCCCGCUUUGCCGUUCCAUUUUCUAAUAUUUCCUAUUAUUCCAAUUAUACAAUUCAUAUAGGAUUUUUAAUUUAGGUGCUCAAAUGGAGGAGCACUAUAGUCAAUACUCAUAUACCUAUACAUACAUACAUACAUAAUGACGGUUUGAUCACCCACUACAUUAUAUACUAAAAGUAUUACACGAUUUCAAAUGUAAUUUCUUUUGUGGUGA